GGCGCUGCGAACCUCGGUGCUGGAAAGCGCGUCGGAAAUCUGAAGGCCUUUUUGUGAGUCUCCCUUUGCCGACUUCCGAAUCCCGUCGCCACCAUGCCUGGCCACGUCAUCAAGAGCACGGGGCCCGACCCAGAUCCUUCCGAGUUUCUCUUUGUUUCGACGGAACAGAGGAUGUUGGACCAGACCAAGCCGUACGACCCGAAGAAAUCUUGUUGGGUCCCUGACGAUAAGGAGGGCUUCCUCGAAGGCAUGAUCCAGGCCACAAAAAGCGAUACGGUGCUGUCCAUUCAGCUGAAGAGCGGAGAAGUGAAGGAUUAUAAGAAGGAUGUUGUGAGCCAAGUCAACCCUCCGAAGUAUGAGAAAUGCGAGGACAUGUCCAACUUGACCUUCCUUAAUGACGCUUCUGUCCUCUACAAUCUCAAGACCCGUUACCAGGCCAGGCUCAUCUACACCUACUCUGGCCUCUUCUGCAUCGCCGUCAACCCCUACAAGCGCUUCCCCAUCUACACCAACCGCACCGUCAAGAUCUACCAGGGCAAGAGGCGUAAUGAGGUGCCUCCCCAUCUCUUCGCCAUCUCCGACGGCGCCUACAUGGACAUGUUGCAGACUUCGGUCAACCAGUCAAUGCUGAUUACCGGCGAGUCUGGCGCCGGCAAGACUGAGAACACAAAGAAGGUGCUGUCCUACUUCGCCAACGUCGGCGCCUCAACCAGGAAGAAGGAAGAUGAGAACAAACCGAACCUAGAGGACCAAAUUGUGCAGACCAAUCCUCCUCUUGAAGCUUACGGCAACGCCAAGACCACCCGUAACGACAACUCCUCUCGCUUCGGCAAGUUCAUCCGCAUCCACUUCGCCCCCAACGGCAAGCUCUCGGGCGGCGACAUCGAGGUGUACCUGCUGGAGAAGGCUCGCGUCAUCUCCCAAUCGCCGGCAGAGCGAGGCUACCACAUCUUCUACCAGAUGAUGUCCGAUCAAGUAGAUUAUUUAAAGAAGUCGUGCAGUCUCAGCGACGACAUCUACGACUAUCACUACGUGUCUCAAGGCAAGGUCACCGUGCCUUCCAUCGACGAUAGAGAAGAUAUGGAAUUCACGCAUAAUGCUUUCACCAUUUUGAAUUUCACCAACGAUGAGCGUGACAACUGCUACAAGAUUACAGCCACUGUCAUGCAUAUGGGGAACAUGAAGUUCAAGCAAAGGGGUCGCGAGGAGCAGGCUGAGGCCGACGGUACUGAGGCUGGGGAUCUUAUAGGUCCACUCCUUGGAACGUCCAGCGAAGAGCUGUACAAGAACCUGUGCAAGCCCAAGAUCAAGGUCGGCGCUGAGUUCGUCACCCAGGGAAGAAACGUUAACCAGGUUAACUACUCCGUUGGUGCUCUGGCAAAGGCCCUGUUCGACCGUCUCUUCAAGUGGAUCGUGAAGAAGUGUAACCAGACCCUCGAGACCGGCAUGAAGCGUGCCAUGUUCAUUGGUGUGCUCGAUAUUGCCGGCUUCGAGAUCUUUGAUUUCAAUGGUUUCGAGCAGAUCUGCAUCAACUUCUGUAACGAGAAGUUGCAGCAGUUCUUCAACCACCACAUGUUCGUGCUUGAGCAAGAGGAGUACAAGGCCGAGGGCAUUGACUGGGUCUUUGUCGACUUCGGUAUGGAUCUGCAGGCUUGCAUUGAGCUCUUCGAAAAGAAACUCGGUCUCCUCUCCAUCCUCGAGGAAGAGUCCAUGUUCCCCAAGGCUACUGAUAAGACGUUUGAGGAGAAGCUGAAGACCAACCAUCUGGGCAAGUCUCCCUGCUUCAUCAAGCCGAAGCCUCCCAAGCCAGGCCAGGCUGAGGGUCACUUCGCCAUCGUCCACUACGCCGGCACUGUGACUUACAACCUGAGUGGCUGGCUGGAGAAGAACAAGGACCCCCUCAACGACAGCGUCGUCGACCAGCUCAAGAAGUCCAAUAUGCCUCUCAUUGUGGAGCUUUUUGCUGAUCACCCCGGCCAGUCUGCUCCCGCUGAUGCCAAGGGAGGGAAGAAGGGCAAAAAAUCAUCUGGUGGCUUUAAGACUGUUUCUUCUGCUUAUAGGGAACAACUCAACAGCUUGAUGACAACCCUGCAUUCAACUCACCCUCACUUUAUCCGUUGUAUAGUUCCAAAUGAGACCAAGUCCCCGGGAGUUGUAGACGCUGCCCUCAUCAUGCACCAGCUGACCUGCAACGGCGUGCUCGAGGGCAUCCGUAUCUGCCGCAAGGGCUUCCCCAACAGGAUUCCCUAUCCGGACUUCAAGCAUCGGUAUAAGAUCUUGGCUCCCGAUGUGAUGUUGAAGGAAAAGGACGAUAAGAAAGCAGCAGAGAAAACCUUUACUAAAGCUGGUCUCGACAAAGAGCUGUACCGAUGUGGCAAGACAAAGGUAUUUUUCCGCGCUGGCGUCUUGGGUACCCUGGAAGAGAAGCGUGAUGAGAGGCUGGGAAAAAUCAUCACUUGGAUGCAGUCUUGGAUCCGUGGUGUGAUUGGGCGCAAGGAAUAUGGCCGUCUUCAGGAGCAACGUGUCUCCCUCGUAGUUCUGCAGCGGAACAUUCGCAAGUAUAUGGCCAUGAGCAACUGGUCUUGGUUCAUCUUCUGGCAGAAGGUGAAGCCCCUUAUCAACCAGCCCAGGCUGGAAGACGAGAUUAACAGACUCAAGGACAGGGCUGAGAAGGCGGUUGGAGACUUGGACCGCGAAUCUACUCGUCGCAAGGAACUAGAAAAUUCUAAUGCAUCACUCGUCGAGGAACUUAAUAAUCUGAAAACAACUCUUGAGUCCACGAAAGGAAAUGUCGCGCAGUAUAUCGAAGCACAAGCCAAAUUAUCAUCUGAAAAAGCCGACCUUGAAGCUCAACUAAAUGAUGCUUCAGCUAAACUUCGGCUCGAGGAGGAAACUCGCACUCAAAUGUUCCAGACAAAGAAAAAGGCAGAGCAGGCUGUCAGUGCCAUGAAGAGGGAGCUGGAGGACUUUGAGCUGAAUGUCCAGAAGAGUGAUCAAGAUAAAGCGACCAAAGACCACCAAAUACGCAACCUCAAUGACGAGAUAGCUCACCAGGAUGAUAUUAUUAAUAAAGUUAAUAAAGAAAAGAAACUCCUGCAGGAGAUGAACCAGAAAACAUCUGAGGAGCUUCAGUCUGUUGAAGAGAAGGCCAGCCAUCUAAAUAAAGUCAAAGCCAAACUGGAACAAACUCUUGAUGAACUAGAGAGCUCUGUUGAACGUGAGAAGAAGCUUCGAGGUGAGGUUGAGAAGUCCAAGAGGAAGGUGGAGGGCGAUCUGAAACUGACACAGGAAACCGUUGCUGACAUCGAGCGUCGGCAGAAGGAUCUCGAGCACACCAUCCACCGAAAAGACAAAGAAAUUUCAUCACUUGCUAAUAAGCUGGAGGAAGAACAGGGGGUAGUCUCGAGGGUGCAAAAGAAUAUCAAAGAAGCACAAGCUCGCAUUGAAGAAAUGGAAACUGAAGCUGAGCACGAACGCCAGGCUCGGUCCAAAGCCGAGAAGGCGAAGAAUAACAUGCACCGCGAACUUACCGAUCUUAAUGAGCGCCUCGACGAGGCUGGUGGAGCAACUGGUGCUCAGAUUGAACUCAACAAAAAGCGAGAGGCGGAACUAAUUAAGCUCCGCCGUGAAUAUGAGGAAGCUGAUAUUCAUCAUGAGACAGCAGUCGCCAAUCUUCGCAAGAGGCACAACGACGCGGUUGCUGAGAUGACAGAUCAAAUUGACCACCUUAAUAAAAUGAAAGCCAAAACAGAAAAAGAGAAGGAGCUUAUGAAAUACCAAGCUGAAGAAGCUAAAGCUGCGAUGGACAACUUGGCUCGUGACAAGGCGCUUGCUGAGAAGGCCAACAAGGUAAUCCAGCAGCAGAUCAACGACGUGACUGCCAGGCUGGAUGAAGCGACUCGUACUCUCAAUGACUUCGAUGCCCAGAAGAAGAAACUUGCUGUGGAGAACGGUGAUCUCCUUCGGCAGUUGGAAGAGGCAGACAAUCAGAUCAAUCAACUGAAUAAUCUCAAAACUUCUCUUACAACUCAGCUGGAUGACAUUAAAAAGAUAGUAGAAGAUGAAUCUAAGGAUCGUAGUGUUCUUCUUGGCAAGUUCCGCAACUUGGAGCAUGAUCUGGAUGGUCUUCGUGAGCAGCUUGAUGAAGAGACUGAAGCCAAGGCUGAUGCCAACCGCCAGCUGUCCAAGGCCAAUGCUGAAGCUCACAUGUGGCGCUCAAAAUAUGAAACAGAAGGCAUUGCCCGUGCUGAAGAGAUUGAAGCCGCCCGUCUGAAGCUUGCCGCUCGUCUCGAGGAAGCUGAGGUGCAAAUUGAACAACUCAAUGUCAAGAAUAUGCAGCUGGAGAAGGCCAAGGGACGCAUCAUUUCCGAAAUCGAUGAGAUGCAGCUUCAGGUGGACCGUGCUCAGGGUCUGGCUAAUGCUGCUGAAAAGAGGCAAAAAACCUUUGACAGAGUUGUUAAUGAAUGGAAGAUCAAGGUUGACCAACUGGCCACCGAGCUUGAUGCUUCCCAGAAGGAAUGUCGUCAGUAUUCCACUGAGCACUUCCGCAUCAAGGCUAUGUAUGAGGAAAACCUGGAACAUCUAGAUACUGUUCGCCGCGAAAACAAGGGUCUUGCUGAGGAGAUCAAGGACUUGAUGGAGCAGAUCAGCGAGGGUGGCCGUUCUCUUCAUGAGAUUGAAAAGAACGCCAAGCGUUUCGAGAUCGAGAAGGAGGAGCUCCAGGCUGCUCUUGAGGAGGCCGAAGCUGCCCUUGAACAGGAAGAGAACAAGGUUCUUCGUGGUCAGUUGGAGCUGAGCCAAGUCAGGCAGGAGAUUGAUAAGCGUAUUCAGGAGAAGGAAGAAGAGUUUGAUGCCACUCGUAAAUGUCACCAGCGUGCAAUUGAGUCCAUGCAAGCUUCACUUGAAGCUGAAGCCAAGAGCAAGGCUGAAGCUCUUCGCAUGACGAAGAAGCUUGAAUCGGAUAUUAGUGAACUGGAAAUUGCUCUUGAUUUGGCUAACAAAGCCAAUGGCGAUAUUCAGAAGCAAAUAAAGAGAGCCCAGAUUGAUGUGCGAGACAUGCAAAUCAAAAUGGAGGAAGAGCAGCGUCUCGCUUCUGAGUAUCGUGAGCAGUGCAGCGCCUCAGAGCGUAAAGCAAAUGCCGUCAACAGUGAAUUAGAAGAAUCACGUACGCUUUUGGAACAAUCAGACCGCGGCCGACGCCAGGCCGAGGCUGACCUUGCUGAUGCCUCUGAAACCAUGAGUCUCCUUACAGCCCAGCAUGGAUCUCUCUCCAUGGCGAAGAGGAAGCUGGAAGGAGAACUGCAAACCCAACAUGCGGAACUCAAUGAUAUGUUGAAUGAGGCCAAACACUCCGAGGAAAAGGCCAAGAAGGCCAUGGUUGAUGCUGCUCGUCUGGCUGACGAACUCCGUGCUGAGCAAGAACAUGCUCAAACCCAGGAGAAGAUGCGUAAGGGCCUGGAGUUAUCUGUUAAGGAACUUCAGACUCGCCUUGAAGAGCUCGAGGCAACCGCUCAUAAGACGGGCAGAAAAGCUAUCACUAAACUGGAAUCUCGCAUCCGCGACCUGGAGACUCAGCUGGAUGACGAGGCUCGCCGUCACGCCGACGCCCAGAAGAACCUGAGGAAGUGCGAGAGGCGCAUCAAGGAACUCAGCUUCCAGUCUGAAGAGGACAAGAAGAACCACGAGAGGAUGCAGGACCUGGUCGACAAGCUCCAGCAGAAGAUCAAGACCUACAAGCGCCAGAUCGAGGAGGCCGAGGAGAUCGCCGCCCUCAACCUGGCCAAGUUCCGCAAGGCUCAGCAGGAGCUGGAGACAGUUGAGAGGCACUGAGUGUUUUGCGCUUUCUAAACACCUACACUUGAAGGCUGUUUAUAGUAAACAUUCAGAUAGUGUGCAUAAACACAUUGAAGGCCUGUAACUGUAGGAUGUAUAGCACUCAGAAAGACAUAAAAAUAUAAAACAUAA